UAGCCCUAUAGUCUGACUGGGUAGGACGUGUGCUUCUGCAGUUGCUUGAAAAUAUAAUCAUUUUUCAUACACAUACACAUACGCACACGAAGCCGGGAAAGACGGAACAACAACAACAAACGUCGGCUUUUUCAUACGCUAUCGACGGCAACGUUAUCUUUGCCGUAUUCAUCGUUACAAAGAAAAAGCCACUGAUUGACAAAACCAAAACUGACUGUGGCAUCGUUUCGUGCAUUCGUUUCUUCGUUUGCCAUCCAGCAAACUUGAUUUUUGAAAAUUGGUGAUUGAAAGCAGCUUUGUCGGCAAAACCAACGGGUGAUCUUCAAACACAUUCAGACGCAAUUGUCUAACUGGAAACUAUUCAUUAUGCCUAAUGAAAGGGUUUGCAGAUAAGAUGACGGAUCAUCAGGUAUUGCCAAACACAACGAGCACCACUUCUCCAACCAUGGGUCUACAAGCGCAUCCUUGCAGCAACAAGCGGACAAUUGAGGGAUUAGAAGAGCCGGCCGGCCGGACUCAACAGAAUCAUCAUUAUAAUAAUAAUAAUCAGCAAGUCUACCAAGUGCACGGCGGUCCGCGUGCUGCCAAACAGCAAUGUACUAUCCGAGUCGGAGUAGAAGCUCCCGACCAUUUAACCACGUUGGUGUCGAGCACUUGCAACUCUGGCACGGAAUCGGUAACCAACAACAACAACAGUUGGUAUCGAGAUGUCCAGCAACAACAUGCUCCCGAUUAUGAAACGUACGUCAACGGAUUCAAUGCUGCUGAAGUUCGAGCAUCGACGCCUUACUCUGCGUCGUCGACGUAUUAUUCGAGUACAUCGACACAUAGCACAGAAAAUGUGGCCGUCCCUGCCGUCGAAUACUCUUCCUACGCUAACAAUGGUUCCAGCAACGUCCAGUACUCCAGCCAAAAUGUCUAUCAGAACCUGACGUCCAUGCUGCCCGUCGCCAAUGGAGGCGGAGAGUCGCUGGCGGAUCGAUUCGAACGCGUGUGCAGCAGCCCUCGCCCGUACGUCCAGUACAGCGGCGGUCGCGAAGAUCCCACUGGAUAUCAUUACGGAGGAAACAACGAGUCCAGGUCGGAUGAACGCUAUUGGACGUUUGGCUACACGGCAGCUUGUCCUAGAAAGACGGGCCCUGCUGGGUACGCAAAAUGCAAUAGUAGUUACAACGGCUACAAUGGUGAGAAUGGAUUCAGUCAUCAUAAAGCGACGUCAAAUGGCUACCAACAGCAGCAGCAGCAGCAGUUGGGCGGACAGACGAUCCAGCGUGAUGAAAACGGCAAGUCCUAUUUGGAACUUGGUGCCAAAGCGGCUGUCCAGCCAGAAUGGACUCGCCCCCAAAUGUGGCCUGCUAGUAAUAAUGGCCAACAACAACAGCAACAUUACGCUGUUGCUCCUCCUACGCCAUUGGUCAAAUCUUGCUCGAAAUGCGGGCAUGUCCUUUUAAAUCCAGCUCGAUCUCUACCGCAACCUUGCUAUCGACAUCAACGGCUCUCUGUCCUGUCACUUUCCAUGCUCAAACUCAACAGAUAUCGGCAGUGUUCCGAUCCCAGUCUUCAUCGUUCUGUUCUCAUAUGCAACACUUUGCGUCAUAUCGAGGAUGAGAUGGAAAGAGAAGGACCAACUGAAACGUCGUCUGCUCCGACGUCUUCAGCAGCCAACAGUUGUGAUACUUGUUGUUGUUCUCAUUGCGGUACAGUUUUCAACAAGACCGACAACUACGGCAACGACAACAGUGCCAGCAAUGGUACCAACAACAGUGUCGGUGUCUAUGAUACAACGCCGGAAACGAACUUCAUUAAUGCUGGCGAGUACGGUGGUAGUCAGAGUAGCACAGCAACAACAACAGCAGCGACGACCACUACUACAAUUGCAGCUAGCUCUAAAUCAAAUUCGGUGGUGCAUGCAGAUGAAGACGAUUCCGGUUUUGGCGACGAAGAUAGUCGAGAUAUCGACUGGAGUUCAGUUUUUAGCAUGUCGACAACAUCGGGGUUUGACGUGGCUAGUGGCAAUUCGAACGCCGGCUCAUCAGAUUCGUAUCUGUGCGAUUCAAACUCUUCGGAUCCGUCUUUAUUUGCUGGUGCGGAGCUCGUCAGCGAGUUGGGCCUUUCCAAUUGGAAGACUAGCCAUUGCGGAUCGGCUACGAAUGGUCAUAGUGGUGGCCCUACAUCCUGGACCAGUGACGCUUCCGACUUUUCCGGUGUUAGAUGGAAAAGUGAAUUGGGCGAUGAACUGGAGGGUUUCGUCCACAUCCUCGUUGGUUCCUAGUAUUUCCGCUCUCUUAUCCCCCAAACGUUGCUCUCUCGAGAUUGUCAAUGAAAACUUCCAAUUGCUCAAGUGAAACACAGAGAGAUUUGUUAAAAGAAACAAAAAUUAUUGUUCUGACACCAAUGAAUCAGUGAUGCUUUUUACAGCGUAUCCUAAUUUCAGCCCUGGACAAAUCACGGACAGCUCCUCCUACAAAGAUAUCCUCCCAUCUGUUGUUGUGUACAUACUGUGUACAAAAUGUAUUGUGUCGAAUUCAAUGUUCAAUCAUAUGUAAUCACAAUCUUGCGGCAAGCCAUAUCCAAUACAAAAAAAAAAAAGAA